AUUUUGAAGUGGCGCUGGUGGUGAGUUUCUGGACACAUUUUAGGCUGCUUUAAUCGUGUAGAAACAAAGACACGGCAGAAUUAAAACAGAUGUAAUAUAUUCUGCUGGACAUUUUUGAAUCUUGAAAUGUGUCUAGUUAAAACAAUCCUAUCGAAAAAGGCGAAUUUCAGCUAAAAAACCAGCAACAAACGGAAGCAUGAGCGAGCAAAGGCUGCUGUUUAUAGACAUUGAUGCUGGAACGAAGAGCGACGCUGCUGCUGGAGCAGGAGUGAAUAAACCCCUCUGGUCUCGCAGUGACAACGCCUUCAGAUUUAACUUCCUCACUGACAGCUACCCAGCGCCGCAGGAGAAAGCACCUGAGGCUGCACCAGCUCGCAUUUCCUUCACGGGCCAGGGCUCCAACUUUGUUUUCAACUUUCAGAUUCCCUCUACUGACAUGGACACAGAGGAAGGAAAGGCUUCUCUUGCGCAGGAGGUUGUCAGUCCCCCUGAACCGUCAGCUCAGGUGAAAGCAAAGAAAAAGAAGAAAUCUGAAAAGAAGAAAGUGUCUGAAGCGGAGGUGCCAGCGAGACCAGCUGAGGGAGGUCAAGGCGAUGAAGAGCAGAGCACAGAGGAGCAGCUAAACAGGCAGCUGGACUGGUGCAUCGAGCAGCUGGAACUGGGACUGAGGUCCCAGAAGGGAACACCAAAACAAAAGGAGGAAGCCUCUCGUGCUCUGAAGACGCUGCGCAGCUCCAAAGCUCCCCUGGUCAAGAAGAGGCAGGUGAUGAGAGUCAUGGCCGGAGAUUACAGGAAGAAAAUGGAGGAGGAGAAGAACAAGCAGUUCAGGCUCAUUCAGAGCGAAGUCGCAUCAGCUCAGGUCAAAGUUGUAUCCGAUCGACCAAAGAAAUCGAUUUUUCACCGGAGAGCUGAAGGCCAAACCAAACCCCAGGACGACGAAAAACCAACGCAGGUGCAGGCAGAAUCUUCAUCUUUUGUUUUUGUUCCAUUAAAGGAGGAAUUCUGCUUUAACUUUUUCUGACUUUUUCACCUUUUUCUAAUGAACUAAUGUAAAAAAAAGUUUUCACUCACUCUACAAGAACACAAACUGUGUAAAUAAACACCAGAAGGUUUAAAAGGCAGCAGAAGCUCCUGAAGAUUUUAUUGA